AUGACAGAAGUCGAACUCAAUUUUGUGGAGGAGCCGUUGGGCAUUCCCGCGGACCAGGGGCAUGGCUAUCUUCGCGUCGAAUUUGGUGGUUCGAUAGAUCCGGAGAAGCGCUUCAAAAUCAUCCGCAAACUUGGGUGGGGCAUGAACUCUAGCAUCUGGAUGGCUUAUGACGAAAUAGACAAGAAAUACAUCGCGAUCAAAGUGUUGAAAGGAUAUUCGACUGGUCUGUUCGAACGAGGCGUAAUGUUGGAACUACCUGCCCUCGAACGUUCAACUCUUGGAUCUCCGCCGCCUGGCCUCACGUCUAUCAAGCGCAUCAUGAUGCACACCUUGCGCGGUCUUGCGCAUAUGUACGCACUUCAGAUAGUGCAUACGGAUCUCAAGCAGGACAACAUCAUGUUUGAUAUGGGCUCACUCACACAGGCUGAUAUUGCAGCCAUCAUCGAAGCGGACCCAACUCGACGCCAUCCUCCAGAGGAGGGCUUGGAUUGCGUUGUCCAGGCCGCCGUCUCUCAGCCCCUCCCUCUACCUUCGCUCGCUGAUGCCAUGACGCGCAACUACAUCGUUGCAGAUUUCGGGAGCGCGCAACCUGCAAAUGUUCAUACAACCGACGAGAUUUUCGCUUACGCUCUCCGUGCGCCGGAAACCAUUCUUAAAAGCCCAUGGAAUGAGAAAGUCGACAUUUGGGCAUUUGGAUGCAUGCCUGAACCCAAACUUCGGAUAUUUGAACUUCUCACUGAUGCUCUGCUUCACAUGACACGGGUGCAAGUCGAGUCGAGUCGUCUUGGGACUAAAUAUUUCAUCCUCGAUAAAAACAUCGACAACCCAUUCUGUAACUUCAAGGCCGAUGUACCCAUCUUUGACAACCCAUUCGCUGCAUCUCUCAGAAACUACAAAGUGAUUAAGGAGGAAGACGUAAUCGCGACAGCCAAGAUCAUGCAGAGGUGUUUGCGCUUGAAUCCGGACGACCGAGCGACUGCGAUGGAGUUACUCCAGGAUCCUUGGUGGCAGCCUGAGUGA